GCGAACUGCUCGUGAGCUAGAAAAUGGAUGCUUCUGAUGGAAACCACAUGGAGGGGGCAAUAGAAGCUUUGCAUUAUUUCUAAGCCACAAAACCCUCCUGUGGGGGAGGUAGGAAACUCCGACAGAGCACAACUUUAAGUGUAAGUUUUUGCUCAGGCCUUGAUCAGAAUUGAUAAAAGCAAUUAAACCCCAAUUCUCUUAGCAAACGCUCCAGACCAUGGAGCUGAAAUCAGCGUCCUAAAGCUUCUCUCACAAGAGAGAAGCCUCCAGAAGAGGUUGAAAGGUGAACUUCAAAGGAAACACGCCCAGGAUGUCCUGAAGCUCAUUUCACCCUGAUAAGGGUCCUAUGAUCGGAGCAGAUUAAGCAGGUGUUAGAAGGGAGGAGUCCAAGUGUUAGGUUGAGAGGUAAGGAGAUGUUGAGUAUGGACUGAAAGACCUCAGCCAUGGAGGGUGAGGUCACUUACACGGAGGUAAAGCUUGUACCCAAGGGAAAACACCGUCGUCCUUCUACAGAACAGCAUACACAGUGUGCAACUGUAAGAGUCCCUCAGAAAUCAGGCAGCAGGAACCCACCUUCAACAUCUCCUUCUGGUGCUGCCCCAUUCAGGAGUUGGGAAGAGGUUGGGGAAAAGGAGAAGCCACUCUUACUUCGCUUAUCCUGUACAUUUCCUGGAAGGAGCAAUUGGGAGAUAAAAGUCUCAAUCCAGAAGCCUCUCCAGCUGAUCGUGGAUCACAUGACCCCAAACCUGCAUCUACACAGGGACAAACGGCCAUUUGGGUCCAUUUCCAAGGCCACACUGAAUUAUGAUCAGCAUCCUUUCAUUCUGAGUCCUGGGUCUCGGCAUCCUUGUCGGUGGGUGGCCACUGUUCUGGGGAUUGCUUCACUUUCGCUCCUACUCAUCAUUGUGUAUCUGAGUGCCCAUAAGAACUGUGAAAAUUCUCAGGGAUCACAGAAAGGGAACACGAGUUUUUCCAACAUUUCCUGUGUAGAUGGUCCUGGGAACAAGAACUCAACAUGGAUUGCAGCCCUGAAGGAGGAGCUGUGCCCUGGCCAACAGGAUGCCAUAUGUGAGCUCUGCCCCCAGGGGUGGAAGCUGAACGGCAGCAGGUGUUACUACUUCUCAGAAGAGCUGCAAAACUGGACUGUGGGUGCCCAAGACUGUGCCAACAAGAAAUCCUGGCUCCUGGUCCUAGAGGAUGAGGCUGAAGCAGACAGGGUCCGUGCGAUGAGGCCGAGAGAUGAGCAUUUCUGGAUUGGUUACAAGUACAACACAACUCGAGGUCAGUGGAUGUGGCUGGAUGACUCUGGAUUCUCUGGAUACAGGAUAGAAAUUAACUAUCCCACUGGAAAAAACUGUGUUUCUUCCAAAGGAAAGUCUAGCAUCACCCCUGAAGAUUGUGACACUUCUCAUCGUGCCUGGAUCUGUAAGCGAAAUGUGACUGUGCUGGAGCCCUGAAUGUCUACAGGGAAGCUACCAGCAUCCUCUGUGAUGACCCUUUCUCACUGACUUUGUGUGCUUUGAUUAAGGGCUUGAAGUCCUAAGAUGAAGAGUCAGGACAGUACAGAAAAUGAACCAAAAGCAGGAAUUGGAAUAAGAAAAA